AUGAGCCUGGACACGGCGCUCCGCCGCGCCGCUUCUGGGCUGCAAACCACCGACGCUGAGGCCGACGCGCACAACAGCGGUCUGGACGGCCUGCCGCCCCAGUUCGAGGAGCUCCAGCUCGAGGAGCUCGACCGCCUCGCCGCCUCGCCCGGCGCUCACGUCUCCCCGGAGGUGGUGUUGGAGCUCGCACAGGCGCUCGCCGCUGCGCCGCUCGGAGCCAACACUGCGCGCCGUGCCGGCUCGUCCAACGCGCUGGCGUGGCUCUCUGUGCAGCCCCGUCUCGCGUCCGCCGCCGCAACCCCCGCCACCAUCCGCGCACUCGCCGAGGCCGUCGCCGCGGCGGGGCGCGCCGCGGCCGCCGCGCCGCCCUGGGAGACCUGCACGGACGCGCCCGCCGCCGUGUGCCCCCGCUGCCACCCCCACGGGCCCCACGUGACGCUCGCCAAGCACGCGGCUUUGCUGGGCGGCGCGCUGAUGGGACGCAAGCUGCCAGACCCCGAACUCUUUGUUGUGGUGCUUCAGGUACCAGAGGCGCUGUCCGGCCUGCUGCGCGCCGCGCUGAUCGACAAGCCCUUCCGUUUCGAGCCCCUUGGCAUGAUAGCUCUCUUCCUGGCACACGCCGACCGCGCCCGCGCGACCGAGCUUGCCGCGGCAACCGCCGCGACAGUCUUGCAGGAGCGCGCGGGUCACCUCCUCUGGUCCGCCUUUGCCGCGCGGCUCGCGGCCGCCACGGGCGCGGGGUUGCGGGACCCAGAGGGACUUGAGACCGCCGCGCUCGUCGCCGCGACCCAGAUCUCGCUCAACCUUGAGGCGCGCGGCCUGCUGUGCAAGGACCUGGCGUCGCACGCGCCCGCGCUGCGCCAGAUCCUCUCAGCCCUGACUGACCGCGUCGGGCCCGGCGGCGGCGGGUGCAGCAGCUGGGACGGUGGGGACGAGGACACUGUCAGCUGCUGCCUGAAGCUGCUGCAGGGCGCGGCCGCCGCAGACCCCGACGCAACGCUGGCGGCCGCGGGGCCGGCGGGGGCGCUGGAGGCGCCGUUGCUGGCGGUGCUGGCGGGGGCGCCUGCUUUGCUGGAGGCCGGCCACAAGUCCACGUGCCCCGCCCUCGCCGUCACCGUGCUGCUCGAAGUCGUGUGCCAUGGGGCCGCGUCCUCCGCCGCGGGGCCGCCGCGGGCCUUGUCGGCACCGGGCUUUGCGGCGGCCGUCGCCGCCGCGUUGUGCGCUGCGUGGGGCGCAGAGGGCCAGGAGCGCGAUAGCCACCGCGCACAUCUGAUGUACAUGACGGCGGCGCUGGUGAGGCUCUGCGCCGCCGCCGACAGCUCAGGCCUGUGGGCCCUCGAGCUCGCGGCGCCGCGGCACGGCGCGCUGCGCGCGCUGCUGGUCGACGCCGCGGGCGGCGGGCCCGCCGUGUUUGCGGCGCCGGGCCGCGGCGACAGUGGCGACCCCAGAGGCGAACUUCGGUCCAUCGACCCCUCAUCCCUGAGCGCCCAGGUCGCCGACACGCUCGCCGCCAUCGCCUAUGCGCUCAAGGAUCCAUUCAACGUUGCCGCCGCCGCACCGGCCGCAGCCAGGGACGCGGCCGCGGCGGCACUGCCGCCAGAUGAUGAGCUGCGGGCCCUCGUGUGGGGCGGCCUCGCGGCGGCCGGCCCAGAGGGGCUGGCCCGGGCGCGGGCCGUGGCGCUGAGCUCGACCGCCGCACAAUACGACCUGGCCGCCACGCCCGGCGCGCUCACCUGGCUGGCCGCGUCGGCCAUGGACGGCGCGGGUGACCCCGGCCCCGCCGGCUCGAUGUCGGGCGAGGCCCUGCAGGUGCUGCACGUGCUCAGUGGCGACGACCCGAGCCAGCCGCCGGAGCGGGGCUGCGUGCCAUGCACGGAUGUAAGCAUCAGCCAGACGCAGGGCGGUUUCAACUUUGAAAAGUGCGGCGCCUGCGGGAUACCGAGCUGA